AUGUGUUGUAUGAUUGGUAACUCUAUGUCUACCUUCUGUCGAAGCGUCCACAAGAUCAGUUUAAGUAUCCUGAAGUACUUAGGAAUUCCUCUGCAGCUGGCAGACCUUAACUACCUGAACCAAGAGCGUGGCCAAUCAUACAACACCGUUCAUUCAACAAUGCCUAUAAAUGAAAAAUCAGGAGCGGGCACAGUCUCUCUCAAUCCCAGAGGGACACAUUUGGUGAGUAUAAAGAUGGAAACUGAUCGAGGCGCCUUCAUUUCUCAAAGGAUUCAGGACUUAGUCCAAGCUUUUCAAUCAAGGACCGAAAAGGUAAAAGAAAAGCUUGUCCAGCCUCCUACACCUUCUCCCUCUCCACCUUUAGACAACUCUAGUGACAAUGGACAGACCCCUGAACGGAAAGGCAGACCAAGACUCUAUUCUUUGUUUCAGCAAGAUGAUCAGAAAUCAGAGCUAGAAGUCUUGAGUGACACUAUUAGCUUAUGGUGCUGUCGAAUCAAAAGGAAGUUCCUUCCGUCUUUUCCUAACGUUAUUGACCCACAAAGUAAAAUUUACAUUUCUUGGCUGUUUUUCGUGAUGGUCAGUUACGUCUACAAUGCCUGGUCAAUUGUUCUUCGUGCAGUGUUUCCUUACCAAACCCCUGCCAAUGUGCCCAUUUUUCUUGUCUUUGAUUACAUUUCGGACAUCAUAUAUGUUCUUGACAUUGCUCUUUUCAAAGUCCGUCUUCAAUUUCUCCAUGACGGCUUUUGGGUGGAUGAUUACAAGAAAACAAGAGCGAAUUACAUGCGAAAACGCAUGUUCAAGUUAGACGUAUUAUCUUUGUUUCCUAUGGAUUUGUUGUAUUUUGUAUAUGGAAUAAUUCCACUUUUUCGAAUGCCAAGGCUUUUAAAAGUUCAAACGUUUUGGGAAUUUUUUCACCGCGUGGAUGCUGUUGCCAAGACGCCUUACGUUAUUAGGAUCAUCCGUACCCUUAUCUACAUGAUGUACCUUAUCCACUUGAACGCGUGUGCCUACUACGCCAUGUCCACCUGGGAAGGCAUAGGAUCCAAUGGAUGGGUAUUUCAAGGUGAAGGCAAUGCGUACAUUCGCUGCUUUUACUUUGCCACAAAAACUGCAACUUCGAUUGGCAAGAACCCAAAACCUGAGAAUGAGUAUGAGUACGUCUUUAUGACUAUUUCAUGGCUCAUGGGAGUUUUCAUCUUUGCCUUCCUAAUUGGACAGAUUCGUGACAUCGUGGCCACGGCGACUCAGAGUAGAACCCAGUACCGGCAGUUGAUGGACCAAACUGUGAUGUACAUGAGGAAUUUGAAUCUUCCAGACGAUUUGCAGCGAAGAGUCCGGUUAUGGUUGAACCACACUUGGGAGCAACAAAAAACGCUAAAUGAAAGUGGGAUCUUAGAUUCACUGCCAAGAAAAAUGAAAACUGAUGUUGCAAUCCACGUUCAUUAUAAUACUUUAGUAAAAGUGCAGUUGUUUAAAGACUGUGAUAAAGCUUUGUUAAGAGAUUUAGUUCUACAAUUAAAACCUGUGUUAUUUUUACCUGGAGAUUAUAUUUGUAAAAAGGGUGAAGUAGGAAAAGAAAUGUACAUAGUCAAUAAAGGAAUCGUCCAAGUUUUCGGAGGAGAUAAAAGCGAUGUCGUCUUGGCAACUCUAUCCGAAGGAAGCGUGUUUGGAGAAAUAAGCUUGCUGGGAAUUCCUGGAUGUAACCGUCGAACGGCUGAUGUGAGAAGCAAAGGAUUUUCCAACCUUUUUGUACUGAGCAAAGAUGACUUGUGGGAGGCCUUAAAGAACUAUCCAGAAGCUCAGAAAGUGCUCAGGAAAAAAGCAAAGUGCCUAAUAAAAGAAAACGAAGCUAGAGAUCAAGCAAAAAAAGGAACGAAUUUGACGAUAGCUGAACCAGAAACGGUUAUUAAACUCGACGAAAGGAGACCAAGUACUCCCAAGCUCAUAAAAACUGUUCUUCAGAUGAUCCCAAAAGAAUCUAAAUGUGUGCAGAAACUUUCCAAGACACCUUCAACAGACAUUCCCCUGAACAUUCCAGCCACAACAGAUACAGAUGAAACAAAAAUUACCAACGUUGAAACUUCCGGAAUUAUUUCAUCAAACAUAUCAGAAAAUUCUAAAGACAAAGAAAUAUCACCUAAAAUAUUUAAACCACACGAUUCUGAAUAUCAAGAACAAACGCAAACGGACAAACCUCGAUCUAUGAGUGAUGGGACGUUACAGAAACAACAAUCAUCCCAAGAAAGUGCUUUUCUUCACCAAAAAGCAAGCACUGCCACCAGUAAAGGUUCACCCGUCAGCAACAAAAACUCACUGCAAACCGAAAGCAGUACAAAAACGGAAGAUUCUAAAACGUCUGAUGAAGUGCGGGACAUUUUAAAGACAAUCCUAAACAUGGUUCCUAACGAAUUAUAUGACAGGAGACGGAAUGCCAUUUAUCCUGUGGACACGGAAAUUCCUGACAACAUUUUACCAACUCCAAACACAACGAGUGAAGAUUCGGGAAUAUCUGUCGACAACAGCGCACACCAAAUCUCAGAACCAAAGAUAGAAGAUGAUAAUUCUAUAUCAGAGUCCGAAGUCAAUUCUUGUGACUCUGAUGCUUCUAGUGAUAUCUCUACUACAAGUACUAGAAGGAUCGCCGGGGAUAGUGCCGCCAUUAAGGAUCGUAGCUCUCCGUGGAUAUCAAGUUCGACAUCUACUUUCAGCUUGCGUGGACUCUUUGGUACCAGCAGCAGUCAAUCCUCAACUUCGACAAACAAGGACAUCAUUUUAUCUCCUAUUCCUAAAGAUGGAGCAGAGAACAUCUAUGCCAGUCCAACUAGCCUGACAAGUAGAAGUAGUUCUACUGGGUAUGAUAAUUUGAGUUUUAUUCCAGGAAGUAUGUUAUCAAGGAGGUCCAGUACCUUCAGUGAUUCUUCUUGCUGA